AUGGAUUCUCUAACAAAAUCAAUCAAUCAAUUUGCCCUGGAAUUUAGCAAAAAGCUAGCUGAAUCUGCUGAGGGUAAAAAUAUUUUCUUUUCUCCUUGGGGCAUCUCAACUUCCUUAGCCAUGGUGUAUUUGGGCACCAGAUGUACCACAGCAUCCCAAAUAGCCCAGGUUCUUCAAUUUAACAGAGAUCAGGACAACAAAUCUUAUCCUGAAGGUGAAAAGAAAAGAAAAACGGACUUCACCUUGGGGAAGGUUGAAGAAAUACACUCCGAUUUCCAGACACUCAUCUCUGAAAUCAACAAUCCCAGUAAUGCCUAUAUACUUAAAACAGCCAAUGGGAUAUAUGCAGAAAAAACAUACCCAUUUCUCAAUAAAUAUUUAGAAGACAUGAAAGCAUACUUUGGUGCAGAGCCACAGCCUGUGAACUUUUUGGGAGCUUCUGACCAAGUCAGAAAGGAGAUCAACUCUUGGGUUGAAAGCCAGACUGAAGGAAAAAUCCCAAAUCUCCUACCUGAUGAUGCUGUAGAUUCUGCAACCAGAAUGGUCCUGGUGAAUGCCCUUUACUUUAAAGGAACCUGGGAACAUCAAUUCUUAGUCCAAGACACCACAGAAAAGCCUUUCAGAAUAAACAAGACUACAAGCAAACCAGUGCAAAUGAUGUCGAUGAAAAAAAAGCUUCCCGUUUUUCACAUAGAAAAGCCACAAGCAAUCGGCCUUCAACUUUACUAUGAGAGUCGGGCCCUCAGCCUGUUCAUACUGCUGCCAGAAGACAUCAGUGGGCUGGAUCAGCUGGAAAAGGCCGUCACCUAUGAAAAGCUGAGUGAGUGGACCAGUGCAGACAUGAUGGAGAUGUAUGAUGUGAAGCUGCACCUUCCCAAGUUCAAGCUGGAAGAGUCUUAUGAUCUCAAGUCAGCCCUAAGCAGCAUGGGGAUGAGCGAUGCCUUCAGCCAGAGCAGGGCUGAUUUCUCUGGAAUGUCCCCAGGGAAAAACCUAUUUCUGUCCAAUGUUUUCCACAAAUCCUUUGUGGAAAUAAAUGAAGAAGGUACUGAGGCUGCAGCUGGUAGUGGGAGUGAGGUGGGUUUUCGAAUCAGACUCCCAUCCAUUGAAUUCAGUGCAGACCACCCAUUCCUCUUCUUCAUCAGGCACAACAAAACCGAUAGUAUUCUCUUUUAUGGGAGAUUCUGCUCCCCCUAA